AUGACGUCACGCCGCCCCUCCCUGCUCCCCCCCGGUCGAGAAAGCCGUUCCAGCUCCGUCGAUGGGCGGCGCCGCUCCAGUGUCAGGCUGUCCAGUGCGCAGCUGGAGAACAUGAGGGCGUCUCAGGAGGAACAGCACCAGCAGACGGAAGGCGCAGGAGACGAGCUGGAGGAUGAGGAGGAAGAGGAGGAGGAGGAGGAGGAGGAGGACUUGUACCAAAUGGACCAGCAGUCGACUGAGCUGUCUGCUGACUACUGGCAGAUUCACAAGAUGGUCAAGUACCUGAAGGUGGGGAACGCCACGUGCACGACCCUGGCUCUAGUGGGACUGAAGGAGUGUGGCCUCCACCAGGAGUCUAGCCAGCUCGCUCUCAAGGCCGUCGGGGGUCUGGAGGUCCUCCUCAACAUACUUAGGACUCGAAAUCUGCGCUGCAAUAUCGGGGCCCUGCAAGUACUGGAAUCUGCGUGUGGACACAUCACCACUAGGAACACCGUGUACAAACUAGGUGGUAUACAGGUACUGCUAGGUCUGGUUGGGCACACUGUUGUACAGGUGCGCGGCCUGGCAGCGUCCGUGCUCGCCCAGGUGUGCGCCCUGCCCUCCGCGCGGUCCGCUCUCAUUCGGGACAACGGCAUCCCCCCCUUGUCACAACCGCCAGACACUGUACCUAAAACUCCAGCCAUUCCUAAAGCACUUCUUGGCCUUCGUCAGGUGAAGCUCCUCCGCGUCGACACCAUCACCCUCCUCGGCAACCACGACACAGCCAUGGCGGUGGAAGGGGCGGCCAGGGCUCUGUGGGCGUGCAGUGUGUCUCGGGCGGGGCGAACUGCACUGCUGCGGGCUGGUGGACUGGAGAUGGUGGGCGGGCUUUUGGGCGUGGCUCGUCCUAGCCUCCUUGUCCCGGUCGUGGGCGUCCUGCACCAGUGCGUGGCUGAGGCUGUGUUCCGAGAGCGCGUCGAAUCUGCCGGCUACACGUCCGCCCUGGUCAAGCUGUUGCACUCACCGACGCCGCAGUUGCAGAUCCUCGCCACGAAGGCCAUAGCGAGGUGCUCCGUGCUGGAGGCCACCAGUUCUCGUCUGGUACGUGAGGGCGGCCUGGAAAUGCUGGUCAACAUGCUGCGUCGGGAGGCCAAGACCUACGUCGACGUCCUCAUCGAGAAGGACCUCGCCUUCGCCAGGGAGUACGGGCUGGUGAUCGACGCCCCGGGGGUUCCUCGCUCCAGAAAGGCGUCCAUGAUGCCUGACGGCGCAGGUCGCGAGGGCGCGUCUCUCCUGGAGGCGGGUCCCGAGGGCGCCGCCCCAGCCCUCGAGGGUGCCGGCGACGCAUCCAAGGGCGCUCCCGUCGACGUCACAGUGAGCGUGGCGGGCGAGGGCGAGGGAGGCGCGGCCGAGGGCGGCAACAGUGAGCUCCUGGAGGCCGUCGCCGAGGCCAUGUGGCACGUGUCGUCGCUGCCCGAGCACGUCGUCGUGGUCAAGGAGCUGACGGCUGUGCCCGUGCUGGUGGCGCUGCUGCAUCACAACGACGAGAAGGUGCUGACGAGCGUGGUGGGGGGCCUCGGCGAGGCGGCCGGCGACCCUGACUGCUGCACGAUCCUCCUGAGGGGCGGGGGCGUGACCACGCUCAUCCAGCUCCUCCGAAGGACGUCGGACAAGUUGCUGCUGAACGUGACGCGCGCGCUGGGGGCUUGUGCUGCCGACGAGGAGGCCCUCGAAGCGCUCCUGCAGCAGGACGGCCUGCGCCUCCUGUGGUCUCACCUCAAGAACCCCAACUGCCGCGUCCAGGCCUCCGCCGCCAACGCUAUCUGCACCUGCCUCCAGCAAGAGUCGGAAGACCUUGCGGAGGUCGUGAGGAGCUUGGUGGGCGGCAUCGAGCUCCUGGUGUCGCUGCUGGAGAGCGAGAGCGAGGCCGUGCUGUCCGCCGUGUGCGCCGCCAUCGCCAGGAUCGCCAGAGACCCGCAGAACCUCGCCAUCAUGACGGACUACGGCGCCGUCACGUCCCUCUCCAAGCUCGCCGUCAGGAAAGCCCAGCUAAAGCCCGAGGAAGAGCAACACGAGGAGGAGGUCAACAUUGCAACCCCAGCAGCGGACUCAAUCUUAAAGUUGUUAUUCCCAUUAGACACAAGUACCUCGGUGUGUAUCUUAGUAGAGCCCAUGCGUGCAUACAUACCUUUCUUGUAUUUGUUAUCCAAGAAUUCCUUCCUUUGCUCUUUGGUGGCGCAUCGCAAUUUUGAGUCGAAGGUGGACUUAGAGAGCGUCCGAGUUUCUCCCAAGCCCCAGAAGGAGGACAAGAAGGGCCAGGUCGACCUCGACGGGGGGGUGCAGGCAGUCACGGCCGGUGCUGUGUUACCCUGA